GCUCGGCCCGGCGCGGCGCGGCGGCCGCGGGGGAUGGAGCCCUUCCUGGGCUGCACCGGCGCCGCGCUCCUGCUUUGCUUCAGCUACGCCGGUCUGCGGCCGGUGGAGGCAGACAGCCCGUCGGCUCCGGUCAAUGUCACAGUCAAACACCUGAAAGCCAACUCAGCCGUAGUGACUUGGGACGUUCUGGAGGACGAAGUUGUCAUCGGAUUUGCCAUUUCCCAGCAGAGGUCUCCGUGCCCAUGGUGGACAGGGCAGGAAGCAGUGGUUUCAGACACCAGCAGUGCACACACGAGGUCCCUCCGCCACUCUGUGCUCUCCUCUCUCGGCUUCCAGAAGAAGGACGUGCGGAUGCUGCGCUUCAUCCAGGAGGUGAACACCACCACCCGCUCCUGUGCCCUCUGGGACCUAGAGGAGGACACUGAGUACAUUGUGCAUGUCCAGGCCAUCAGCAUCCAAGGCCAGAGCCCUGCCAGUGAGCCAGUCCUCUUCAAGACCCCCAGGGAAGCUGAGAAACUGGCUUCUAAAAAUAAAGAUGAGGUGACAAUGAAGGAGAUGGCGAAGAAAAACCAACAGCUGCGCGCAGGGGAAAUACUCAUCAUUGUGGUGGUGUUGUUUAUGUGGGCAGGGGUGAUCGCCCUGUUCUGCAGGCAGUACGACAUCAUCAAAGACAACGAGCCCAACAACAGCAAGGAGAAAGCCAAGAGCGCCUCAGAGAACAGCACACCUGAGCACCAGGGCGGGGGGCUGCUCCGCAGCAAGUUCCCAAAAAACAAACCCUCAGUGAACAUCAUUGAGGCAUAACAGCUGCUGCUGAUGGACUCCACUUCUCACGCUCACAUUCUGCCUCUGAGCCUCAAGGACCGGGAGGUGAAAUAGCAUCAGAGCGAUUGGGAAGGGGACCCGGCAACUGUCACCUGAUGGCAUACAGCUCCUUCCUUAUCUCUGCGAACAUCUGACCGGAAGGAAGAACCCUGCAAAAACAAAACAACCCAAACCCAACCAACCAAGAUGGAAAAGCAGCAGUGAGAGCCGCUGCCUGCAGUCCUGCGUGGGACUCAUGGAUCACUGCACGGCAGCGGCCUCCCAUGCUCUCCACCCUCACACUCCGUCUCCUGGAACAAUUUUCUCAUCUUUGGAAACGUGCAAUGUUUUGUUGUAGCGCUGUCUCACCGUCACCCCAUCUCGGCUGUAUGGCUGUGAGCUCCAGCACUGCUCACCAGCACUGCCCCCGAGCCGGCAGGAAGGAAGGACAGCAGCUCACUGCAGACAGGCGUGCGCUGCUUUGUGCUCUCAGCUUGCUUUGUUCCGUUGCACGCCUCGUGCAAUGUCUCACAGGCGGAGUUUGUAAGAAACAAAGGAAAGAGAGGCACCCCAGGCUGCAGUCCCACUGCGGGGCUCCCUUGGCUGCCCCCCAGCCGGGUUCCAGCACCGCCGCCUCCCAUCACACGGUGCUGCUCUUCAUCUCAGACAUUUGGGGCGCAGACCAAGAUGACGGGGCACCAAGAGUUCUUGUUCAGCUUCCAGGAUAAAUCCAACCAUCUUCUUCGUGGUAUUGUCAGCACCUGCAGUGUGCGAGCACUCCAUCAAGAUGUAGCCAGUCAGCAAAAAAAAAAGAAAAAAAAAAGAAAAAAAAAAAGAAAGAAAAAAACUGAUGAUACCGGUCGCUAUGCAAGGUCUCGGCGGCAACGGCCAUUUGUUGCAGAAGGCUUUUGCCUAAGGGACCUUUUUCUGAGGGCUUCAGUUCUUAACGGCUUCUCGCGGGGCGCACAGGAGCGCCGGGCUGCGCUGCCCUCCGUGCGCGGGGCCGCGGAAGGGGCCGCUCUGCUCCCCGCUGGGACGCCUGAGCGCGCAUCGCGUGGAACGGAUGAACUCCGGUAGUGUGCCAUGGGGUAUCCGCAUUUACUGCUCCACAAAACCACUCCACAUGCACAAGGGGAUGAGGCAAGAUCCUAUUUGCUCCAUCAGACAGGUUGGCCUGAGGAGGACGUGAAUCUCUUUACACCGCGCCUGAGUUCGAGUCCCCGCACGGAACCCUGCCGGCGCCGCUCCGCCUCCGCAGCACCGACCGCAGGGGGGGACGGCAGGAAUCCGCCCGGCUCUGUGGACCCGAAGGGCUUCCCUGAGCCAGCUGCAGGCCAACCCGUGGUCUCUUCCACGGAUCCUUUGCCAGAACGCACUCCUCCAUCACCCAGAGGGAGAGGUCAACACCUCUGACACAGACAGAGCAAUAAACAUUUUAUAACGUACAAUAAAAGAUGAAAGGUGUGUCUUGUUCCAAGUUGUAACCCCCUGCAUUUGUCCACUUCAAGCAGAACUCAGGGCAGAACACGGGGACUUCACAUAGCGCAGUAACCACAGGUUUCCUGGGUGUGGGACGCCAGGAU